AUGUCUUCUUCGUCAUUGAAGGAGAAUAAUUGGGCCAGUAGCGAAAAUACUGAGGUCUUCGGAUGGAUAAAAGAUGUUCUUGGUGGCCAUAUCAGCGCCUCAAAUGACGCCCUUUGUUUGGAAAGCCUCACCGCGCCCGGCCGUCCCUCCAGUGGUGUUGAUAAUGACCGGAUACAUGCCAAAAAUCCCAAAUGUUCCCCCGAUGUUCUCUACUGCCACUACCCAUUCCUCAAUAUUAACAACAUUCACAAUAUUCCCUCUCAUUACCUCAACUUUCUCGAGCUUCAAGGUUGUCUGCGGGUUCCUACGCGAGAUCUGUUGUACGAGUUGGUCCAACAUUACUUUCUUCAUGUACACCCGAUUUUGCCACUGGUGAAUGAAGGUGACUUUUGGGGCCUUUAUUUCCAUUCCGCUGAUGAUCCACCGAGGAAGCCAAUUUCUUUAUUGGUUUUCCAGGAUAUCUUAUUUGCAUCGUGUAACUUCAUAUCUCCCUCUACGGUUCAUGCGCUUGGCUUUUCCAGCAUACGGGUUAUGAGAGCUUCAUACUACCGUCAUGCUAAGCUUUUAUAUGACUUUGGAUCCGAAUCUUCCUCUCUUCCAAUUGCCCAAGCAAGCCUUCUCCUUAGCUUUGCAUCCCUCUCCGCAUCUAGAAAGCCCAACAUCUCAUGGCUCAGCAUCGCCAUUGAGAACGCAAGAAUUGCCGAGGCACACCUCUACGCCUCGAUCCCCACAACUUCCAUUCUGCCCCAAGAGCGAAACAUCUUGAAAAGAGUAUGGUGGUGUUGUAUUAUUCGAGACCGUUCUACCGGACUUCUAAUGAGGCGUCCAAUCCAAAUCACAAAACUUCACUUUGGUUUCGCGGCCCAACCUCUAUGCGCUUCGGACUUCGCUGACGAAUUUGAGCGAUCGAUAGUUUACGACUCUGCAACCAAGAGAAGACUGGCUGAUGUUUUGGCUCAGUGGAUUGAACUGAAUAUUACGAUGACAGAUAUUCUUAUGCUUGUUUUCCCGUUCGACGAAAGGCGAGACAUGAGCUCUGAGAAGAGGCUCUCUGAUACCAGUCAGCUUUGCGAGUCCAAAUUGGCAUUAGAACGAUGGUAUAAAUCUGUGGUCCCACGGCUUCCCUUUGCUUUUGCCACAGAGAACAAUCCAUCGUCAAUCGAUCCGGAACCCGAUACGGACAUAUAUCAUUCAUCCGUCAUCCUCUACACCAACCUUAUGCUCAUGUAUUACCACACAUCGCGCGUUGUAUUGAGCCAUUACGAAUUGCUUCAGCUGGACAUGUUGCAAAGACAUAUUAAUGUGAACACUGCGCUUCGCCAAAACCUCUCGACGAUCGUGAAGACUCGACAGGAGUUGGAAGAUGCCGCCCUCUGUAUUACUCAGUGCCACAAAGAGCUGGUUAGCCGGGGGCUUGACAGGUGGCUACCUGUUUCGGCUAUUGGUUGCACAGCCCUCCCCCUUAUCCUUCAUAUUCUGGACACCUAA